AUGAGGCACAACUUUAUCGGCAUGGUUGUCAGCACGGCAAUGAAUAAGACAGUUAAAGUCCGGGUGCCCAAGCGCGUGAUGAACAACUACGUCCAGAAGGAGCUGCUCGUACACAAAAACUACAUGGCUCAUGACGAGUUUGAGCACUGCAAGCUGGGCGAUAUCGUGCGCAUCGAGCACUGCAGGAAGCUCAGCCGGCACAAGUCGUUUGCGGUUGCGGAGGUUGUCAAACCUGCCAGAACCUGGACAGAUCCGGAGACCGGCGAGGUCCAUCUCUAA